CAUUUGACCUUAAUGUGACCGUUAAAUUAAAUUUUCAAACAAAGUAUUGGAAAGAGACUAAUGAAUGUGAAUUUCAUUAAAUUUUUGAUUAAUAAUUUAUUCAACAAAAUUCGUGGUUGUAGUUGUUGAAUGUUGUUCUGGUUGCCUUUUGCUGUCUUUUUAGCUUUUACAUAAUUAUUUGGAGAUCUGUAGGCCAAACAGAUAAGGUACCUACAGAAAUGGAGAGUGCAGACCAUGUUCUAGAUUUUAAUGCAAUUCUAUUAGAAAACAAACAUUUAAAAAAAGAAUUAGAAGAAACUAAGCAAAAUCUGUAUGAGUGCAAUAGACAAGCUAAGUUAAAUGAUGCACUGGUUUGCGAAUAUCGGUCAGAAAUUCAGGUCUUGCAAAGUAAUGAAUCUGAGAUUUCUAAGAAACUAAAUGAGAAAAUUGGACAUUUAGAAGACACAAUAACAAAAUUAAGGUCGAGCCACUUUGAAACUAUAACAUCUUUACAAUCAGAACUAAGUGAUAAGGACCAAGAGAUAAACAGCCUUAAAGAAGAAUUAGAAAUCUUGAGAAGACUUACUGAAGUGGAGAAGAAAACAGAGGUAUCCACAGAUUUCAAAGAGUUUGAAUUGCUUAAUGAAAUUGAAUUACUAAACCAAAAAUGUGCAGACUUAGAAGAAACAUUGCAAAGUGCUCAAGAACACCAAGAAUCUUUAGAAGAUAUUUUACAGGGUUAUAAAGAACAAGUUGAAGAGCUAAAAGAGGACAAUGAAGUAAGAAAGACAGAAUUAGAAGAAAAAGCUGCAUUAGUGGAAAAGCUUACUGAAGAUCUAAUACUUGCUAACAGAGACUUGGAGUUGUAUAGAAAUAACCCUCUGCAGGAUGGUAGUAAAGGAAAUUCCUUAUUUGCUGAAGUUGAUGAUAGACGAGUACAUCUACAGCAAAAAGUCAAUAACAUGAAAUCAAGCUAUGUUUACUUAAAACAAGAGUAUUACAAGCAUGAACACUUAAUUUCCCGUUUACGUAAGGAAAAUAAUGAACUACGAGAGUUGAGAAAGAAAGAUCUAGAGGAGCUUCAAAGUGACCAAAAUUUGUUAGAAAACUCGGCACAAAACCGCAUAAGAGUCUUGGAGGAGCAGAAUGAAAGAUUUAAAAAACAGUUAGAGGAGGGAUCACCUUUAAUGAGGGGCGAUGAUUUGUGUGCUGAGUACCAGUACUAUAUGGAUGUUAUUGAGAGCCAAAAUCAACAGAUAAAAGACUUGGAGAGUAAAUUGGCAGAUCAAACAUUAACGUCUCAGUUGCUGGCUAGAAGUAUUGCUCGCGGUAAUAGGGAUCAAAGAAUUUUGAAACUAAGGAUAGACGAAUUAGAGCAAGAAAUGAUAGAGAUGCAGGAAGAUCAGGCCCUGUCUGUACAGGCAGAAAUAUUAGAGAAACCUGAGGAAGUUGACAAAGUUAUGGAAGCAAAGCCGUUCCUAAAAAGCUGCUUAAAACAAAUAGAAAAUAGAAGACGAGACACGGAGUUUUGCGAAAGCAACGAAAGGUCGAAAAAGAAAACUAGUAUGUAUUUGGAAAAACCUGACGAAGACCUUAAAAAACAAUGCGAAAAAUUGAAAACCGAUGAUGAUUCGAAAAGUGUGCAAGAACAAGAAAAUGCACCUACGGAGAAACGAGGAAUAAAAUUUAGUGGAGAUACUGUUAGUCCUCAGGGUAAUCCGGUGAGAAGAAGAGGUACCAAAGUUUUUAUUUUAAAAUAAAUGAAUGUCAUAUGUUUAAGUAUCAUAUAAAACAUUAUUUACAAUUGUACUGCGCACCAAAAUGCGGACGUAAUAUUAAAACCUUAUUAACAAUUAA